AGCCCGCUGCUCUCAUUGAGAAAAUCUGAAUAGUAUGAAAACUCGAUAUUAAAUCAUAAUUUGAUGAUGGAAUAUUAUCGAUGCAUAUACAUGGAUAUGAUCUGUGCAUAGUGUGGAAUAAUCCUGUCGCGAAGAGUGAACUGUAAGCAUCGUGGAAUACCUUAAACCGAUUUGACGGUGCCUCAGUCUUAUUGAGGAGGAUCAGUUAUAGCUCAGAGCACAAUAAACACGGCCUAGUAAUCCCCGAUGGACGGCACAAUGAUGGGAACAGACGCAGUAGGACAUUAGGAAGUUAGAGGCGGAACGUGCAACACCGUGUAAAACACUAGUGGAUUCAUAGCAUGUGAUAUUUUUUGAAAAAGAGGAUACUGUUGAAAUAGUGUUUGGUGAUGAAAAACUUAAAACUGUGCAUGAAUGUAUAUGCAAAUUACUUAAGAAAUUAAGCUAUGUGUAUUUAAGUAUAUUACAACAUGGAAUAAUUAAUUAAUCAGCUUCAUUUAAAACAGUUAACAGCUGAUAAUUUGUAAAGGGACAGCUUAUGAAAUAGGUAUUGAAAGAAAGUGCGAACACAACUGCGAAUUUGUUGAUGUAACAUAAACAAUUCGAAACAAGAGCAUUGUGUUUAUUGUGUUAUUCGGACCUGUUCUUUGGAUAUGGAAUCAUGACAAGUCUUCGGUGCAGCGGAAUAUUUAUAUUGUUCUUAAUGAUACUGGUGUCAUUUCAAGGUGUUGAUGGCCAAAUCAAUCGGUCCCGGGAGGCGGUCUAUUCCACCCCAGCGCCGCGAUUCCAGCAGACCGAGGACAAUUAUACCUACCACAAGGGCGAGAGGGCCAUUCUCUACUGUUCUGUGAAACACCUGGGCACUAGAACGCAUGACAAGCGGUUCUCAGUGGCUCAUAUAGAAGACUCGGCCGACUGGAAUCUGAUGAUCAGCAAUCUCACAACGGCGGACUCAGGCGCGUACGAAUGUCAAAUCAGCUCCGUUGAUAGAGAUUUGAGGAAAGAGGUGUUCCUAAAUGUGAAAGACGAGUAUUCAUAUGCAGAACCUCAUAUUGCUAUUACUGGCAACACACACCCGGACAGAGGUACGGAAAUGGCAUUAACGUGCAAUGCUUCAGGUGCCAUUACACCUCCGGAUUCCAUAGACUGGUUCAAAGACGGCCUGAAAAUAAUCCCGGAUAGGAUCAAACAGAUUGAAAUGCGGAAAAAGUUGUCCAUUAACUCCAGAACAAUUACUAGUAUAUUGACAAAAGCAUCGGCUGAAAUGAGCGAUACGGGCAUAUAUUCUUGUCGCGCAUCAGACCUUCAGGUGGUCAGUGUUAGAGUCAACGUGUUAAACACUGACAAACGUUCCAAAAAGCGAGAACCGGAAGAUGGUCAGUCAAGUUAUACAAUGGAUAGUUCAGACUCGAGCGCAGUUCAAACACAUACUUCAUUUCAGAGUUAUAUGCUGUACUUAUUUGUUAUUUUUGCUUUUAAUUAGUACUUAUCAUGACACUGAACAUUUAAGUCAGAUAUAAUCUAUACGAAAGAGCUUGAGAAGUAACAGGAACGACUAUGUGUUGUUAAGAAGGAGUUUCACUGUUUUAUCACUGUAACAAUGAUGUAAAAGUGAUAUCGUGAAAAUACAACAAUUUGUAGACGUGAAAAACGAAGACAGAAAAAAUGUUUUUAUAAUUGAGGCAAGUGGUAUCAGUGUGCGUCGUCGGCUUUAAAAGGGGAGGCUUCUGUAUAGCACAUUAUUGACGAUGUCAAAUGUUGAUAUGCCAAGAAGAAAUAUAUGCGUAUGUCGUGACGCGUUGGUAAAAACUGUUAGCUACCCUUAAAUUGAAUUCCAUUGGUUUUUCUAUUGUGAUCUAACAUUUUGCUUAUACAAGUGAUAAACCUGAUGAUUGUUGCCAACGGGUUGUUAAAAGUCAGUUACCAAAGAUGGCAUUAUAUGGUACAGACGUUGUAUAUACAUGUGUCGCACAAGUAAUUAUUGUCGACUUCCGUGAAAAGAACAUUGUGGAUUGCAUUGAUUUUUAUUUUGUCGGCACGUUGUGAAUUCAUUGCUACAUAUUAUGUUAUUGUUUAUUGUACGGGUAUAUUUUAUAUGUGUAUAUUUUUGUUUUUAUGUCGUUGUUUUUUUAAUUUAUUGAAUAGAUGUCACUAGUCUGCUCACUUAAACAAAAUACAAGACAAGAAUGCAAUACGCUACUAUUAUAUUACUUCAAAUACCCGUAAUAAACAUUUAUGUGCACGUUGUCUAAGCAUGACAUGAUUUAAAGCAUAUUGAUCUGAUGACAAAUAUCAAUCAAGAGUAGAAGUUUUAGGUGCAUCAAACGUUUUAAAUAUGGCACACAUUCAAAAUCGGAGAGGAUCCUUUUUAGAUACUGCAAAUGGAAUCAAUUUGUUUAUUAGAGCUGAAGUAAGUCCUGCACUUUAAUUCGUCUUCACGAAGCUGCUGCCAACGCUUUUUAUUUCUAUACAUUUUUAAUACAAUAUUCAAUAUGCCCAUAAGUAUAAAACAAACACAAUAAAUCAAUAUAAUGUCAAUAUCGAAAACUUAAUCAUAAAUAGAAAAUAAACAGGACGAUCCUCUACAUAUGCCAGUGAAAACCCUAAUGUAAAAGAUUUAAACUUUAAAUGUUGUAGACAUAACAACGCAUUUGCAGUUAGUUUCAAUAUGAUAAUUACUUGGCAGAUGUAUUGGCCGCCUAUUGUCGUUUUAUAGCUACGUAUUGGUCAAUUUAUCUUCUAAGCACAAGCUCUGAAAAAUAAAGACGAGUGUUAAAAUG